GACCUCGAAGUGUGUUUUGCUGAGUGUUUGAAUAAAUCUGCAAUUUAUAGAGAGGUCAUAAAAUAAAUUCAAUAUGCCUCUCUUUGGCAAAAAAGAUUUUGGUAGAAAAUCCAAAAAAGAUAAUAAGGAGUCUGAAAAGCAGCCAUCCAUUGAGGACAAAUACGUCGUUAAGGAUUUAUUAGGGACAGGAGCAUUUUCAGAAGUUCGUUUGAUAGAGAGUAAAGAAAAUGGACAGUUGUUUGCUUGUAAAAUUAUCGAUAAAAAGGCUCUCAAAGGCAAGGAGGACUCCUUAGAAAACGAAAUUCGGGUUCUGAAACGAUUUAGCGAGAAUGCUGUGGCAGAAGGUGGCGAGAAAAAAAUAUUUUCCCAUCCCAAUAUUGUACAAUUACUCGAAACAUACGAGGACAAAAAUAAGGUUUACCUUGUAAUGGAACUCGUAACAGGUGGUGAGCUUUUCGAUCGUAUCGUCGAAAAGGGUUCGUAUACAGAAAAAGAUGCUUCCAAUCUUAUAAGACAAGUUCUAGAAGCUGUGGAUUAUAUGCAUUCGCAGGGAGUCGUGCACAGAGAUUUGAAACCCGAGAAUCUUCUUUACUAUAGUGCCGAUGAGGACAGCAAGAUUAUGAUAAGUGAUUUUGGACUGUCAAAAAUUGAGGAUUCUGCAUCUAUUAUGGCAACAGCUUGCGGCACACCGGGGUAUGUGGCCCCCGAGGUCUUAGCUCAGAAACCAUAUGGCAAGGCCGUAGAUGUUUGGAGUAUAGGUGUCAUAUCAUACAUACUACUGUGUGGGUAUCCACCGUUUUACGAUGAGAAUGAUGCUAACCUGUUUGCACAGAUUCUGAAAGGAGACUUUGAAUUUGAUUCUCCAUAUUGGGACGACAUCAGUGAGUCUGCCAAGGAUUUUAUAAGACAUCUGAUGUGUGUAGAAGUGGAAAAGAGAUACACUUGCAGACAAGCUUUGGCCCACCCUUGGAUAUCGGGCAACGCAGCCAGCAAUAAGAACAUUCAUGGCACUGUUUCUGAACAACUCAAGAAGAACUUUGCAAAGUCUCGUUGGAAACAAGCGUACCACGCCACCACUGUCAUCAACCAGAUGAGGAAAAUGAUCCUGAGCAGCAGCAGCUCCAGUCGCAGCAGCAACGCUCUGCCCAACCCACAGCAAUAAUUGACUACAAGACUUCAGCUUAUCGUAGAUUCAGGUACUUAAUGUAUUCCAUAUCUUGAUUUUAUAGUAUCACUAAUGUACUAACAAUUUACUAUUUAGAUGGAGUUGAUAAUGGCCGGGAGUGAAUCUGGCUAACAUGAAUGGGUGUAUCAACUCAGUUUCUCACAACUAUUCCUGUUAAAUAUAACUAUGUAGUUUAUCUACAAAAUGUUUACGACAUAUAUUGGACUAGUCAUUUAAAUCCGACAUAAUAACAUGAUGUUAUUGUAUUUACAGUCUCGUUUUACCUUUUUGUUAUGAAUCUCAUUUUUUACUUCCAAUUCUGUUGUUUACUUUUCUUUCUCUCCAAUUUGUUUUACAAUAGCUAUGUCCAUACUAUGCGCUUUCGUCUUCAAUUUUCGUC